AUGGAAAACAUCAGAGCGGAAAGCAAAUAUGUGGAAGUCUCUCGGGAAGAAUAUCUCUCCUUACCAAGUCUAUCGCUUUGCGAUAACCCUGAUAAGGAGGAUCAGCAAAAAGCUGAAUGGCUUGCAGAGCGGGCAGAGCGGAGAGUAGAAUUUCAGCAGAAGCGUGCUGCGCGAAAGUCAGAAGAGAACGAGACAGACAUGACAUCAUACUUGUAUCCUACUUCUACAAGGUCCUUUCGUGAUGGAGAUGGAAUGCUGUCUAAGGAUUUCUCCACAUCCAAUGUUGACUCAGCCAAUAGUAUCCCGAGGGGCCUCUCCGAGUUCGACGGCACAAUCCGCCAGUUUGUCUAUACGUACAAAUAUGCUGCCCAUCCGGCAAUGUGGAAAGUGCGGCUGUAUUACUCCAGCUCUGUCACUGAUAUUCACAGCAAUACUGAGACUCUUGCCGGGUGGAUUGCACUCUAUGAGUCAGUGAAUCCGAUGAAGCUUCAACGCAGUGUCCGAGCAAUCAAUAAUCCAGACAGUGAUUGGUGCCCUGGAGCUGUAAGCAAUGGCAACAAGCACAUCGACAAGGAUGUAGACUUCGAAUCUCACUUCAAUGAGUGGAUUGCCCCUAUCAUUGGAGAUGGGCGUGUUGGAGAAGCCAUGGCAUCCGGUCAGUAUUUUAUGGCUAUAGACGCGGAGAGCUGGGGACUGGAGGCACUGCGUGCUUGCAAGAAGUGA